AGUGCAAGUCUGUUAGGAAAGCUGAACGUUUGAUAGUAGAAGAAGUUUAAUAAUAAAUUAUUACGAUAAAUAAAUUAAUUUUAAAUUUGGUUAAUAUAAAGCGAAUAUUCCAAUAAAAUAAUAUGGACGACACAAAGUUUUCUCGAACUACUUGUUUGAAGAUAAAUCAACUGAACGGGAGUGGUUGUGAGAAGCAGCUACCAUAUUUCCAAGAGAUUUAUAAAUCAAUUUGUGAAGAAAGCGUGCAGUCGCAGUAUUGCAAAAGUACGACAUUAGAAAAGAGUAACGGCAAAUCUGAUAUUUCCAUUCAACAGACAAUUAAUUCUGAAGAUAAAGUUGACAAUAAAAUGGUACAAGAAGAUAAUAAUGUUAAUGAUGGUGCCGACGAGCAGAUGCUUGGUGCAGAUGAUAACGAAAAGUUAGCUGAGAAACGUGAUGAAGUAAAAUUCAUCAAAGGAGACCACCAAAAUGGAGAUGCCAAAAUUGAUAUUGGCUCAGUUAAUGGAAAGGAAACCGCACAAACUUUUACUGGCAUGACCAAAGAAGAAUUAAUGAAGUAUGCCAAUGAUCCAUUUUGGGUUCGACUACGCUGGAUUUUCUUUAUAGGAUUUUGGGCGAUUUGGGCUGGCAUGUUGGUUGGAGCUAUUUUUAUUAUUAUAGACGCACCUAAAUGUGCAGCUCCUCAACCAUUACCAUGGUAUAAGAAAGGACUUCUUGCUAAAUUUAAUUCCCUUGAUGUUGGUUCAAAUGAUGAAGCUGUAAGUUUAAAGUUACAAGCAACUGGAGCCAUAUAUGAGUUACCAGCUGCUUUAACAUAUUCUGUAAAAGAUCCUGAAGUUGAACAAAAAAUUAAGAACAUUGUGUCAACAUAUAAAGACAAUAUAAAUGUAAUUUUGGAUAUAACUCCUAAUUAUGUAACAAAGGACUCUGUCUUAUUAAAAGAUGCUUUGGCUGAUGAAACCAAACGUUCUGCAUUUAUUUGGAUUGAAAAAGCAGAAGUACCUAACAAUUGGCUUUCAAUUGUAAAUGGCAGCGCAUGGGCUGAAGUGCAGUCAGGCAAUUAUGUUCUAUCCCAAUUUGGUGAUGGACUUUAUGAUUUACAUAUGAAUGAUACAGUAGUAAAAACUGAGUUAAGUGAGACUCUAAAGCAUUUAUUAAAACUUGGAGUAAAAGGAUUCCGUUUUAAAAAUACCAAGUAUUUUAUGCUUACCAAAAAUAUUCGGGAUGAAGUUCCUUUAAGAGAUUCAACUUUAAUACAUAAUCAAUAUGGUUUUUGGUCUCAUACACAAACAACAUUCCAAGAAGGCCUUGGCGAUGUUUUAUACGAAUAUUUGGCCGUAGUUAAAAAUGUUUCCGCUGAUGCAUUCCUUUCCGUAGCUGAUGAUAUUAUACGUCCUGAAAACUAUAAAACUAAAUCUGGUGAUUUAGGCAUUGAUAUACCUAUUUAUGGACGUUUUACACAUGCACUUAGUGGUAGUAACGGCAAGAAACUUCACAGUGAAUUGGUUAAAACUUUAGAGCCAUUUAUGUCAAACACUUGGUUACAAUGGAACUAUGGUGAUAUUACAAUGGAUGACAACAUUAAUCCUUCCGCCAUUGGACUGUUUGUGUCUUUGUUACCUGGUGUACCAGUAGUGCCAGCAGACUCUGGUGUUUUUGACAAUAUGGCUCAUAGCACAUAUAAACAGAUUGAGCUUUUGCGUUCUUCUCCAUCGUACAUGCACGGUGAAUUCAAGAUAUAUGAUUCUUCUGACCUAGUUGCAUAUUCCAGGCAAAGAAUAAAGUCUGGAAACCCAGGUUAUUUUGUGGUAUACAAUCCUACUGAAUUUACCCACACUGGUAAUUUCAGCAACUUGGAACUACCAACGAAAAUGACGGUAGUUGCUGUCAGUGACAACUAUAAUGCCACUGAUGUACACGCAAAGGUAUCUGUGGAUUCUUUGGAAGUGUCUUCACGUUCUACAAUCAUACUUACAUAUGUUCCUGUUAAAUCAGGUUAAAAAAUAUAUAUGAAGAAUAAUAGUUCCAAAUGUAUUAUGCAUAUUGGAAUAAAUAAAAUUCAAAUUGAUUAGC